CACCACAUUACGGUGUAGAGUCUUUCCUUCUUUAGGUGGCGCAUCAAUAAGGUUAAGGUUUGGGGUGCACGAUAAGGUUUGGGAGAGGAAAGAUGGAGAACGUUUGGAAGCUGAUUUUCAUGUUGUUUCUAUCGUUGAAUGCCACGUGUUGCUUUGGUGGGCCCAAUCGAAUGGGUGUACAACCCUUGUCUCUGAUCGCAAUGCACAAGGCCGUUAUUACACUUCACAAGUCUGCCUACAUCAACGCCUCCCGGAACCUCCUUGGCUUGAAGGGAGAGAGUGUUCAAUGGAUUACUGUGGAGUUCUCACAUCCAAAUCCAUCCGCAGACGAUUGGGUGGCGGUUUUUUCGCCAUCUAAAUUCAAUGCUUCUACGUAUGUACCGGACUUCGGCCAGCCUCAGUUUCUGACUCCGCUCCUGGCUACUGCACCAAUAAAGUACCAAUACGCAAAUUACUCUACGCCGAAUUAUGUGAAUACGGGAAAAGGGAAGCUGAAGUUCCGUUUGAUCAAUCAGCGGUACGAUUUUGCAUUUGCCUUGUUCUCCGGUGGAAUUUCCAAUCCAAAGCUUGUGUCAGUUUCAAACAGCAUAGCAUUUGCAAAUCCAAAGGCGCCUCUUUAUCCUCGUCUUGCCAUUGGAAAAUCUUGGGAUGAAAUGACUGUAACAUGGACAAGUGACUACGAUGUCAAUGAGGCGAUCCCGUUCGUCGAAUGGGGCUUGAUGGGAGAGGAUCAAACACGGUCCCCUGCCGGGACGCUGACAUUCACGCAAAGCAGCAUGUGUGGUCCACCAGCACGAACGGUGGGAUGGAGAGAACCCGGAUUUUUUCAUACCAGUUUUUUGAAGAAUCUGUGGCCUAAUCUAGAGUACACAUACAAGCUCGGUCAUCGAUUAUUUGACGGUACAUACGUUUGGAGUAAGGAGUAUUCUUUCAAAGCACCUCCAUUUCCCGGCCAAAAUUCAUUACAACGGGUUGUAAUAUUCGGUGACACGGGAAAGGCAGAGAGAGAUGGGUCAAAUGAGUAUGCAAACUAUCAACCAGGGGCUCUCAACACCACAGACCAACUUGUAAAGGACUUAGACAACUAUGACAUUGUAUUUCACAUAGGAGACUUGCCAUAUGCAAAUGGGUUCCUUUCUCAGUGGGACCAAUUCACUGAAAUGGUGGAGCCCAUUGCUUCAACUGUACCAUACAUGGUUGGAAGCGGCAACCAUGAACGCGACUGGCCAAACUCUGGGUCUUUCUACGCGGAUGAAGAUUCGGGUGGCGAGUGUGGAGUGCCGGCAGAAACCAUGUUCUAUGUUCCGGCCGAAAAUCGGGCUAAGUACUGGUAUUCGGUGGACUAUGGCAUGUUCCAUUUCUGCAUAGCAGAUUCAGAACACGACUGGAGAGAAGGGACCGAACAAUAUGCGUUCAUCGAGAAAUGCUUCGCUUCGGCAGACCGGCAGAAGCAGCCAUGGCUCAUCUUCGCAGCCCACCGUGUUCUCGGCUACUCCUCUAAUUCUUGGUAUGCUAAUCAGGGCUCAUUUGAGGAGCCCAUGGGAAGAACUAGCCUGCAAAAGCUAUGGCAGAAAUACAGGGUUGAUAUUGCUUUCUAUGGCCAUGUCCACAGCUACGAGAGGACCUGCCAAAUAUAUGAGAACAUCUGUGUCAACAACGAGAAAUCGCACUUCUCGGGCAUUGUGAAUGGGACCAUUCACGUAGUUGCUGGCGGCGGAGGCAGCCAUCUCUCGGCUUUUACCAACCUCAAGACGAAAUGGAGUGUGUACCAGGACUAUGACUUCGGUUUCGUGAAGCUGACUGCCUUCAACCAUACAUCGCUCCUCUUCGAAUACAAGAAGAGCAGCGAUGGCAAUGUCUACGAUUCCUUCACCAUCACUAGGGAAUACAUGGACGUGCUCGCUUGUACGCUUGAUAGUUGUGCAACCACCACCUUAGCCACCUAAAAUAAAAUGGCAUUGGUAGUUGCAGGGCCCACCACCGUAGCUCCCAGGGGUUGGACUCCGGUUGUUGCUAGCCCUUCUAGCCAAUGAAAUUCCCUCUAUUGUGUAGGACCUUGUGUUAUGUAAUAUCUACCCACCAGCGUAGCCCCCUAGUUCUCAUUAGAGAUUGUCUUUUGGUUGUUGCUAGCCCUUCUAGCUAAUUAAAUUUCCACUCUUGCCUA